AUGCCCCUGCACGUGCCUGUCCUCUCCAACGAGCUGUCGAAGUUCUCGUCCCUUGCUGACGCCAACACCGGAGCGGUUCUUCCUGGCUCUGGCAGCGCCCGCUGCGACCGCCUGCCCUCCUUCCUGCAUGGGGCCCGCGGGCUGCAUGUGAUCCGCCCGUGCCGGACGCCCUCCCCUCCCCCCUCGUUCCGCGUCAGCCCCACGCCCGAAACCCAGUGCGACUUUGAACGCCGGAACACCGAGCGCGGCUGGCUGUUCGCCGAGAUCAAGCGCGGCCCCAGCCCGGAGCUCGCAGAGGUGGACGCCCCCGCGUUCCAACCCGAGAUGCCGCACUCUGUCAUUAUCAACAUCACUUGGCCUGGGUACACGCGGGUGACCCGGCCUCGGCGCCUGAAGAUGACCGAGGGCGGCGGGCAGAAGGUGACCAAGUGGUCCUUGGCCCAGGAGAUUGCGAAAUAUCUCGAAUGGUACCUGGAGGAGGCCAAGCGGUGCACACCGGACAUGAUGGAGAACCCGCUGUGGACGGUGCCCCCCGGCUCCAGGGUGGACGACUUCCUCCUGCUCUCCGUCAACAACUGGGGCAACCCUUCCGUGUUCCAGGUGGAGGUGGCCUACAUCCGCCGGUAG